ACGUAAGUAAUUUACAAAUUAAUUAUUAUUUCGAAUAAUGAUUAAGCAUAAGUAGUUCAAAACAAAUAAAUUAUUCAUAAUCUCAAAUGUUCAAACUGUCGCUUAUUUUAAUACACUUAUUACACUGUUUUGUCAUUGAAAAACGUGUCUUUGAGAAUAAAUCAGGAUGGGAUUGAAUUAUUUCUGCCACAGCUAUUAGAUCUUUUUCAGAUUCGGUGAUUGUUUCGUACACUAAGGACUUCCUAUAACCCCAGAUAAAAAAUCUAUAGGAUUUAAGUCAGCAAAAUGAACAGAUGCCCCAUCGUGUUGAAGAGGAAAUAUUAAAUAAUAUUUUUGAAAGGCAAUCUUUAAGUACUCGAACUGUAGGUCGCGCUUUAAGAGUGGACCAUUCUACUGUAUGGAAAGUUUUAAAAUAACAAGUGUUACAUGUUUCAACUCUAGAAAUAGUCAUGUUUGGGAUGAAGAAAAUCCACACUUUGUUCGUGAAAGGGGAUUUCGGCAUAAAAAUUCAGUUAAUGUGGGUUGGAUAAUAACACAUAUGUUAUCAACACGAUGGGGCAUCUGUUCAUUUUGCUAUAGCAGCAAGAAAUUACGUAAAUAGGCGUUUUAGAGAAAAAUGAUUGGUCGAGGAGGACCCAAUUGUUUGCCUCCAAGAUCACCUGACUUAAAUCCUAUCGAUUAUUUUAUAUGGGGCUAUAUAAAGUCCUUAGUGUAAGUAACAAUCAUCGAAUCUAAUAGCUAGAAAUCAAGCUGCUGCAGAAAUCAUUCAAUCCCAUCCAGAUUUAUUCUCAGACACGUUUUUCAAUGACAAAACGGUGUUAUAAGUAUAUUAAAGUAAGCUGCCAACUGUUUGAACAUUUGAGAUUAUGAAUAAUUAAUUGAUUUGUAAAUAACUUACGUGCUUGAAGACUUUUAUUUAGAAGCAAAUUUCUAAAAUACCGUUCAUUUUAGCUAUAUAAAAGGCUAUUAGUUGCUUAACUAAAAUAAACAGGUAAUUUAAAACAAAAUUAAAAAAAGAAUUUGCUGCAGUGGCGUAAAAAAUAGGGGGAUAGAAGUGACUAGAACUAACCUUGACAGCGCGCCACUGGGUAAAUUUUUCCAAAGUUAGUAUAAGUCAAAAUAUUACUUUAUUAAAGAGUAUAUUUGACACCAAAUUUGAAAAAAAAAUUUAAAGCCGUUCUUGAUUUAUGGCAAAUUUUGAACACCAUAUAUCUCAGCAACUAGGCCCCGUAAGGUUUCAUAUUCCUAUAUCAAUAUCAGUUUUUUUAAUCACAUUCACUUUUAAACCAUUGUAGAUAUUUUUCAAUAGAAAAUAUUCUCGAGCUAAUUUUUACCUUUAACAAUAUACAAUCUGACAUUAUAUAUUGUGAAAGAUUUUCUAUCCUUAAUUAUCAUAUUUGAAAUUGUAAUAAAAUUAUUUAUAUUUACAUUGAAAUCUAUCCAGAAAUUAUCAAUUACGUUCACUUAUGUUUGGAUCGUUUUCAAUAUUUGCCUGUUUCAUGUAUAUGAUCAUUUCUGCAUCAAGGAUCUACAAUCGAAUGGUUUUUCUGCUAUUUUGUGGUUUGUUGAUGCAAUGUGUUUGUGAAAGACAAAUUUCUAAUUCCGAAUUCGUCCAAUGUACCCUCGCACAUGGGUAAGAAUUUUCAAUCUGGCGUAUCCUUUUCGUGAUAUUUACCACGAAAUAACCUCUAACCUUUGUGGUUUUCUACGUAAUUGUAUUUAAAAAACGUGGUAGUUGACUUUAUACUUAAAAAUAUCAAGAAUAAACCUUUGGUCAGUUAAUUAGAUACGUUUUAUUCUCAUAGGUAGUUUUGAAUUCAAAUGUUCAUAUAUCGUUCAUGGAGAAAUGUAUGUUCAGAACAUAUUCUGAAAGAAGCUUGCACAUCCAGAAAAUAUGCAGAAUAUAUUCGGAACGUGUCAAAGUUAUCUACCGCGAACGAAGCUAUUAAUGAUAUGAUAUGUUAUUAGUAGUAUUGAGAUUUACAGUUUUUGUUUUUUUAUAGUUAAUUCUACUGAAAUAUUUUCAUGAUGUGCUAUGUCUUUUAUGUCUUAUUCAACUGCUGUUGAGUUUUUUUUAAUCGUCAAGUAAAGAAUAAUGAGAUGCUUCUUGUUCUUCUCAAUAUAAUAGUUAACUAAUAAUCGACACUUAAUUGCAAUUUAACUAAGAGCUUUCAUAAUUUGAUGAGGAAUGGUUUGUAAUCAUAAUUGAAGGAGGAAAAUUAAGCGUUUAUAGGACAGUGGUUAUAAAAAUAAUAUGUACGGGUGAGGCAUAGGAAUAUUUUUGAUAGUUAUAAGGAGGGCGAGAUCUGUUUAGCUAAUAUGGCAGUUUGAAGGUAUGAAUGGUGGCAUACACAGUAGGUUCAAUUCUCAGGUAUUGUUAUAAUCCGAAUAAUUAUAUUUAUUAAAAUAAUUUGAUGGCUGUUAAGUCCUUGCACAUAUGACAAAGAAAGGUGCUGUAUAUAUAUUGCUGAUCAGAUUGUGUGUUGUUUGUUAUGUGAUAUUUAUCGUUUUUUUCGUGAUAUUAUUAUUUGUCUAAGUAAUUUCUACUUCAUCCAAAUACAGAACCUGAUAAUUGCAUAACUCUUAUCAGUGAAACUAACAAUCAAUAAUACAAAAUUAGUUUGAAACGUUCAAUAUAUUAAAUGUUAAAUAUAUUGAAACUCGUUCAAGUCUCAAGUGUUUAUACUUUUUGAAAAAUAAUGAUUAUGAAGAAAACAACGUAUACCAAUCAUGCUACAACAGCGAAUGACAUUUCAAAUUAUAGGAAAUGCAAAUAGUUGCAAUUUGUUACAAAUAUUGGCUAUUCGCUAAAAAAUGUAAAAAUAAAACAUUUUCUAUGUAUGAAGGGCUUUAACUCCGAUCAUUAAAUAUAGAAGAAAAAAAACAAACUUAUAUACGUUUAUAUUAGCAGCCAGCUUUUUCAAACCAUCCGAAAUAUAAUAUUUCUAAUGUUCGUUUCUACCAUUACCUGUGCAUUUUUUGACAUCACUCUCCAUUUUUUAAAAUUUGUGAGCAGAAAGUAAACGGAGGGAACAAAAUCAGGUGAAUAUGGCGGAUGAGGCAAUAAUAGCGAAUGAUUGAAUAUACGGAUGAUAGAAGAAAUUUUUGUUCAAUAAAUGCGGUUAUUUUCUAUCAAUGUAUUUUUGUUUCUGGACUAUAAUGAUGUACCCAAAAUUUACUGUGACAUAUCGAUUUAAAAAACUUCAUUUGGAAUUACGUUUCAAGAUAUCCAAACUUUCUGUGAGCUUUUGAUCAAUAUAAAGAAAUCGCGGCAGCUACCUUGCAGGUAACUUUUUCGUAUUUAACCUUUCACGCAAAAUAUUGCAUACUCGGUUUAGUUGAAAUAAAACUUUUCCUCGUUUUUUGUCAUUGCCUUUUCGCUUAAAAAUUAAUGUUUAAAUAUGGUUUCAUAUUUACUAAAAGCGUAAAAACUUUUCUACGAGUAUUACAUAAUUGUCAGAUUUAUGUAAAAUUUUGACAUCUUGACAUCAGUAACAUGGCGGAAAGUAUGAAUCUCUCAAACAGCCUUUAAUGUAUCAUUUGUAUGGAAAACGCUAAUACACAAAUAAAAAGGUAGUAUAUGCAGAGACUGUACACUAAUAAAGGAUUAAGUACGUUGAGUUACAGUGAGUAAUGGAAACUCUCUUGCCUAUAGAAAAACUGUGAUUCAUCAAAGUAAGAUUUGGUUAAUUUUUGUUUAUCUACGUUUAAUAUAUUCUAAAAGAACGGCUUGUCCGGUUUAAGUACGGUAAGAAGGUUUUUAACCUCAUCUUUAAAUCUACUUGUCGUAAAGUCUGAAAGUUUUAUUAUGUCACGACUGGAUAUACAAAAUUUGUCGAUUUUACUCCCGACCUACGCUCCGCUCAAGCUUUUGCCCCAGGCCAUGACCAAGUUGAUCUCAUGGCUAAUCCGGAUCUGAUUUUAAGCACUCUGGCUACCACGUCGUGCUCGAAUAGUUGCAUUUGCUUUAGACUUCAAUAUCUACUUAAACUUAGGAAAAACUAUUACUAAAAUAUCUAUUCCUGCUAGAAAUAUUAAUUGAAGCGUUGAAAUAUCAAAGGGAACAAAAAUGGAAAUAAAAUUUAUUGACGGAAAAUGUUUAUUCGUAUUUUCACAUCUAAAAACAUAAAAGAACAUACAUUAUUAUAACUUAUGGAUAUCUGCUACAUAGGUUUUUACAACUAUAACUAAUAAUAAUUACCUCAGUCUAAAAUGACAAAUUACAAAAAAACGAAAUGAGAAAGGGGUCAAGUGCCUUAUACUACAUUAAGCAGAUUUUUAUAAAAAGCUUUGUGUUCCCCUUUUUCUAACUAAUCAUUGAUAAUAAAUGGUUGUUUUAUUAUCUGAUACUUUAUUGUCAUCUGGGAGUUUACAUAAAACAACGUGAAUAAAAUCAGUAGGUUGUUUGCCAUUUUUGAAUAUUACAGUCUGUGUCCACAAUGCUAGAAAUUUGUUUGGUAAAAAGGACACCAGGGUGAUUUUGAUCUAUCUUGAGAUGGACAAUCUUACUAAUGUUUACGUUUUUUAUAUGAAUGAUGGUGUCUGCAGCAGACUGAAUAUUAAAGAAUCGGUUACACAUUUCAAGUACCUCAAACCUCAUUAUAACAUCGUUCAGGUCACCAGGUACCAUUGCCUUGACUUACCUUUUGCGCUUUUUUAUUAAAGUAAAGUCGCGGUCACAUUGUAGAAAACUGUGACCACUAAAUAAAAACUUGUGCUCUAUUGUUUCAAAUAGUCCACAGCUUAUACGGUUUUUGUUCUGAGGAGCACAGUUAUCACUCCAAAUUAUUGAAUGGUUUUUAUUCGCAAUGCCCAUAUUUAACACCCUUAAUAAACAUGAGGAUAUCUCAUGACCACCCCGUCCGGCAAAUCCCUCAUGCCAAAGGCACAUAUAAGAUUUUUUAGUAUCAGCAAAAUUUACACAGAAGUUGUAACAUGAUAACUGGCUUAAAUAAAACAUUUCAGAGUGUGUUAGCCUAGAAACAAACAAAACUUGCUCCAUAUCUAUGGAAAUAGUAUUAGGCGCGUACUCUCAGGUUCUUGAGACUGUAAAAUGUUUGCUUUCAUAGCAGAAGUGGAAGUGUCAACUUUUCUGUGGUGCAACUACCUUCAUUUUUAUCCUGAAUUUCACACUUUAAUCGGUCACAAGAUUUGCACGUAUCUGUACGUGGCGGCUUAAAUGAAAGAUUUGGAAAAUAUUUUAAAAACAUGCGACGGUAAAACCGAUACGUUACAAGACUUUCUGGGUGCCGAUCUUUAUAUGCUUUAUGUAAACGAAAAAUAUUUAAAUCCUGGCUUAAAAAUUCUCUAGCAAAUUUGGCCCGAGAAUAGUGAGACUCAUCCCGCGGAAUAUAAUUUACAUGUUGGCUUAUAAAUAAAAUAUCAUCAGUGAACUUAUACCACAAGUACGAGUUAUCUUGUCGACAAAGGUUGUUUCUUUUUAUUAAUAAUGGUAAAAAGUCUUUUUCUUGAAGUUCAUGAAGUUGUUCUUACAAACUUCCACGAGAUUUCCAGUACCAUUGGGAACAGUAUAGUGCAUGGUAGCCUGUCUAUAAUUAUCACGAGCAGCAUUGUAUGUCCCAUGUCUACGUUUGUUCACUGGUUCCACUUGGAUAAGUCCUAUCAAAAAGGUUCCUUGAAUAUUGUGCGGCGUUGAGUAAAACUUGUGAAUCUACAAAAGUUGCAUAUUUUACUUCAUCCCGUUAAUUAAGAUAAUACGGAAUUCACUUACCUCUAAACUUGGUUGGGAUUUUGCUGGAAUUUUCGUAUUUUUGCGGGUUUGAUAUGCUUUUCAGACAAUUUUUAACUAUUUUUGAGCCUCUGCCACUGACUGACGUCGGCCAGUUUCCAUAUUUCAGCUUAUUUUCACUAACGUAAUAAAAUAAUAGCAAAAACACAGCCAAUGUUGUUAAUUAAAUUACUUGUGCUGCUUGUUUGCAAUACAUCUAGUCACGUCGUGGCACUUGGCACCCAAAUACCGACGUGGUACUUGGCACGAACGCCAUUUGGCAAUGAAAAGUAAAAGUACUAAAUACACCGUUGUCAGAUCGCUCCUUUCUUAGGUUGUGCCCAAUGACUUUUGGCUCCUUUCUAUGAUUACAACUGAAAAUUAUCAAAAUUGGCAUUUGACCUCUUUGAUAUUUCAACGCUUCAAUUGUGGAAAGGAAGAAAAAUAUUAUUCUAUACUUCAGGUUAAACGGUGAUUGAUCACCUUUAAUAUGCAAAUAUGCAGUGUCUGAUUCAUUACAAAUUAAUUAGAUUGUUGUUUUUGCAAAACAAUUAAGAAAACUUGAGUCACCUUAUAUCAAAUAUCAAAACAAAUGACGUUAUGUCUUUGAGAACAUCAAUCAUUCUCGUUACAUUUCAAUACACAUUAACUACAAUGGGAUCAGGUUCUAUUAGUAUAUAUUACAAUAAAUUAAAACAAAGCGACCGCGACUAUACGUAUAAUACCGGCAGUAUUGUUUGUAUAACCAAGAUAUUGUAUAACACUUUAUAAAAUAAAUCAUGUGUGACACAAAUUGGUUCUAUAAUUUUUAGAUUAUGUAAUAAUAUACGAGGGUUACUACUUAAGUUAUGAAAUAGACAAAUAAAAAAAAUAUUUAUAAGUUAAUAUGGCUUUAUUGUUUGAAGCAUUUUUUCCAUUCCGAUUGAGGUACUUCUUAAAUAUGUGAUUUGAACUCAUCAACCGCUUCUUUAGAGGUAGAAAAACGUUGACCUCGCAAUUUAUUUUUGGUCUGCGGUAAUAAGAAAAAAUCAUUGGGUGCAAAACAAGGACUGUACGGCAGAUAACCCAUCGAUUCGAUGUUUCAACUAUUCAAAAAUGUUUUGUUUGUUUCUUUUAUUUGAUAUUUGACAGUUCUAUGUUGGCAAUAUGACCAGUUAUUCCAAGCAUGAAACAGUCGCGACAUGUCCAGUUAUUGCGAAACAGCAGGCGACUAUUUGCUUCGAAAUACUUUGUGCGUGAACUUUAGUAGGAUUUGGCUCACGUUGAAAAUCCCAUACAAUCGAUUGUUGUUUAGUUUCCGAGUUCAUAUGUAUUGAUUCAUGGUUCGUCGCCUGUUACGAUCUUAUAGACAUCUUUUGAAUCACCGCGACUGAAUUUUUACAGCAUUUCUUUGCACCAAUCGACACGAGCUGAUUUUGAACGAUUGUCAAUUUAUUCGGUAUUCAAUGCGAACAAAUCUUUUUGACAGCCAAAUGUUCAUGUAAUAUCUAAUGUAUGGGAAUGGAACUAAUGCCCUAGUAUGCUUCAAUCUCACGAUAUGUCACAUGACGAUCUUAUAUAUCAUUUUACGCACAGCAUGGAUAUUUUCUGGCACAAUAGCUGAUUUUGGACGACCUUCCCAAAAUUCAUCCUGUAGCGAAGUGCGAUCACGAUUGAAUUCUGCAAACGAGCGCAAAACGGUGGCUAGAGAUGGUACUUCAUAACCAAAGUCAAAGCGACUUGAUCGGCACACUGCUGUUGGCUUAAUCCACGUCAAAAGUCUGGAUUUAAUUCCAUUUUUUGACCAAUAUGAAUAUUUAAGUAACUCUAAACAAUUCAAAUAGUAUUCGUAUGACAACACGUUCUGAGUACGUUCACCAUUGAAAAUGUGAAACUCCAUGAUGACAAUGUAAGAUUUGACAUAUUCAAAUCAGUGUAGCCAUAUCUCAAAACUUAAGUGGCAACCCUCGUUCUACUAUUAUAUAUUUCUAUUAGGAAUACAGAUACUUUGGCUACUACUUAGGAAACAAAUAUUGGAAAUUGAAUAUAAGUAUCAACAAAAUGUCAAAAUACCGCCCAUGAUACACUACGAACCACAUUUUAUAUCGUUACUUACCAGGGUUGUCCAAAAGUUUCCUGCCUAACAAAUAAACCAGACAUUCCGUUCCAUAAUCUUUUUUUAUUUUUCAACAAGUCUAUAUAAUCCAGCGAUGCUCUAACCUAUUCAACCCUUUUAAAAUAAUAGUCACCGUUUUUCUUCUCAAAAUAGGCGUUUACAAUAUAAAAUCGCCGGGAGCCAGAUCUGGUGAAUACGGUAGGUGGUUAGCCAAUUCGUCAGUACACAUUUUAGCAGCAUUUGGAAUUCGCAAUUAAUGGUAUCUAACCAUAACCGAACAUUGGUCUUCCCAAUCUUCUCAUACGGCUUUGUUUAGAAUUCCCUGGAUUACGAAGAGUUCUAAUCAGUCGAUACUGGAAGAGUGAUAUGUUACCACCAGACUAUCAUCAUUAUGCACGAAGAAAAUGUUCUGAUAUUUUUGACACGUAGGUAGAAGACUAUAUAAUUAGGCUUAUAGUGAUGGGAGAUAGGAAAAAUUAAGUACAGGCUGAUCGACUAUGAAAUGGUCUGAUCAAAAUAAAUAAGUUCCUGACCAUCCCCUUCACGUAUCAUUAUACCAGGCUAAAGAUUGAGAAAUAUACUCGUAGAAGGAAAGAUUAGAAUAGGGAAUGGACAUUUCAAAGAAGUCACGAUCCUCAUGACUGAGAAAACGAGCAGGAGAUUAGCCAGAGCCUUAGUAUUAGUGAAAAUAGUGUGUUCAGUGAUUAUAAAUAUGAAUUUUUCAUUAGACUGUUCGUCAUUUUGGUCUAGAUGAGUUAUCAAGUUACUGUUAGUUAAUGGAAUUUUUAACAAUAACGUUAUAGAUAUUAUUAGAAAGGCUUUAAGAUAUUAACUAAUUUAUUACCUCAUUUAUUGGAACACUUACACUAUUCAAAUUUCAAAAUAAUUUAUUACUAACUAUUAAACACAAUAUUUACCUCAAUAAUGCACGACCUUGUUAUUAAUCGAGUUUUAUAGGUAUGCAACUAUUGUUAUUUUGCUGUCAAAAAAAAUUCUGUUUACGACGUUUGUUUCAUGUUAGAAACCAAUUUGAUAUUUCUAGAUUUUUUUGUAAUAAUUUCAGUAAUAACAGCAUUGCUAUAGUGUGAGUCAUUUAGAUCUAUAACACACAUACAUACAAAUAAAAUCUGAAUUUAAACAGAUUUUGAUAAUAUCAAAUAAUAAAAUACCUACUCGCAAAAAACUUGAAUGUCGAUUCUAGUUUGUCCAUGUUAGGAUUCCUUUGUAGUCGAAAAUAAAGAUUAUUUGUUGAAGAUUUACAUCGAGGUAAAUAUUUAAUCAACAUAAAUUUACUAUAAAGGGUGUACAAUCUACCGAGCAAAAAUCAAUAUUCCCAAAAAAUCAUCGAACGAAAUCUUGCAAACCACUAAUAUAACUUUUUGUAAUUCUUAAACGAUUUUGGGAGUGUUCAUGUUAUUAAGCAAUAGCUUUGAAACAAUCGUUGAACAAACCCGUGGAUAAUCUACGGUACUAUACGGUAUUACAAAUAAAUUGGAAACUUAGAUCUCGAGAUAUUUAACAAGGGACGGAAACGAACAUUGUGCGUGAAUGAAACUCACAUAUUUUACGAUUCGCUAAAUGAAUCGAACUCUUAGACUAUAUUACCAUUUCUCUCUACUCUCACCAGCAAAAGGAAACUAGCAAAACAUGUAGGAUAAGCUUUCGUGAAAAUUGUCUUUAGUUCUUGUAGAAGAACCGAAAACUAUCUUCGAACCAUACAGUCAUUGAAAAAUUUUAAUGCAAUAUGGAAUCGUGCAUAGUUUUGUAACAUCCUUGUAGUCCUUUUAGAUGUUUAGUCAACGUCUCGACCAAAGUUAGUUCAUGUUACUGUAUGGUUGUAGUAACCGUUUUUAGUUUAGAUAUAACAAAAUUAAACUAUUUCCAAAAAUUUCGGGAAAAACAAAACAUGAAAAAUUUCCAGUGUGAUUAUUUGAAUUUGUACAAUGUUUACGAAAAUAAACGUUUUUUUCUUUGGAUUUGGUUUCUAUUUCAUAUAAUAUACAAUAAUUGAUAACAAUUUGAAAAAAAUAUUUGUUAAACUACCCAAGGACAAUGAUAAUUGUUCGAAAAAAUUUAAUAACAGAUUCAUAAAGUUUGUUGUUGUUGCCUAUAAGCAACAAGCUUCAGAAAGUUUUUUGCUAAUUAUAGAAAAAAUACAGAGCAAAAAUAAUUUAUAUAAAUGUGUAAUUAACAAUAGAACAAUUAGAAAAGUGUAGAUCCAGUUGUGUUAAUUUCUAUAACUUCCAAUAUGCAUGCUGUUAAUAAUUUGAUUACGAUGUUCUUCGUCAAUAUUCAAGUAGAAUUUUAUUGAGUUGGCAUUCUUGUGACCCGUAAUUUUUAUAAGCUGUUGCUUAUAUACCACUAUUAGCCAAUCGACUAACCGCGGUCUAUCUUUUGGAGGGAUUAGUUAUUUUUUUAUUCCUUGGUAUUCAAGCUAAUAGCUUCGGCAGAAUAUUUUUCCCAAUUUUGAAUCGUAUUUCUUCCAAUGGGCAUAUUAUCCUACCUUGUUAAUGUCGAUGUUCUCUACAAAACAUUUGCUUUCAGUACUAAUUUUUGAACCACCUUGGCAAGUCUUGCUGUAUACAGGAUUAUAUUCAACUCGAUUUAUUACAGAACCAUCGUUACUUGAUUCGUUGAAAAAGAAAUCAGUCAAGCAAGCAGCAGCUUCACCAGCUCGCCAAUCUAAUUCUACCACGACUAUGUGAUAAAAUUUCUAAUGCAGCCUUUCAUGGGUAUUCACAUUCCAUAAAUUUAUUUUUGUUAUUUCUACGGGACAUGAUGCCGUCGGACUAUGCUUCCUUUUACAGGUAUUUGAUUGCAGUUUUUGCCGUAUAGAAUCAGUUUAUCAGCUUACUUAUUAGGUUCCACAUGGAUUUGACUGUAGUUUCUUUAAACCAUCUUGUCUUCUGAUGUUGACAGCCCAAUUCUUCCGCCGCAUACUGGGGCAAAAAGGCAAUAAAUCAGGAACUCUACAAUAUAUGCCAGUUAGUUGAUUAUUAUUAAUAGGAUAUGUUCUUACUAUAAAUAAAACACAUGGUUAACAUUUUGAGUUUUAUUUUAAUUCAAAAAGACAUUGUCGUAAGGUGUGAAUAUUUUCUUGUAGUUAUUUAUUUACGUGAUUACAUAUCCAUACAAAAAAUAUACAAAUAUUACAUUCCAUUAAUGUUGUCAAAACCACAGUGUUACAGAAGUCCCGGUUUUAAUAAAUCCCUUGCUUCUUUAGGAAGACACUUAAUUUUGAUCUUUUGAAAUUUUCUUUCACUGGUUAUUACGGGGUCAUAACUCAGUAAAAAUGAAUUAAAAAUAUCUUUGGUUGUUUGUUCACGACUACACACUAGAGUAUCUUCACCUGACAUAAUUUGUUUCUCAAGCGACUCCUCAAAUGCUUGUCUGUAUCGACUCGCACGUUUCGGAGAUGUGCUGGUAAUAUCAUCUAACACUUUUGAAGCUUGCGUUUGUCCAGUAGCUCUUAAACUCAUUUGAGUGGCAUAAUUUAAUACAUUUAUUGAUGUAGACUCUCUCAACUGUUUUGUGUUUCGUUUGCUCGGAAUAAGAUUCAAAUGGAAUUUCUGGGCGACCUUUUUCCCUUUUAGGAGUCUCUACAUUUUCUCUUAUUGUAAAUGAAAUUGAUAUAUCAAGCCACUCAGCAUUAUUUUUGAGAAACCUUUUUUCUAUCCUAAACGCUUUCAUCCAACGCGAUUUAAACUGUGAUUUGAAAUAUGAUAAAGUUUUAUUUAAGCGAUUUAAAAGCUCUUCACUUUCACGUUUCGUUCGCUUCAUUAUUUCAUUUUUUAAAUAAUUAAAUUGUUCAUCAAUUUCAUUUUUAUCUGAAAUUCUGAGAAUAUUGAAAAGCUCUCUCCUUGAAAUAAACAUGGUUUUUGAUUUCGUUCCUGAAAUAAAAUAAUGAUAAAAUUAAAACAUUAUACUAUCUCAUUUCAUCAGUGCAUAUACAAAAAAUUAGUGCUAGAAAACUAAAAAAUUUUGAAAAGCUAAAAUAAUACCAAUUAUAAAAAAAAUUAUUUGAAAACAUGAGCUAUCUUGGAACUCAACUAAAAGCUUAUAUAUAUUUUGGAAAAUGUUAAAAUAAUAUUGUUUUAUUUUGUUUUUUGUUUUGAAUAAUAUUAACUAAAUACAUAAACUUUUCACCGGAUAUAAUUUUAUUAAAAUGUUGUUACAUACCUGAGUCGAAGGUUCCAUGUUGAAAUUCGAACAGAAACUAUGAAAAUAUAGCUUUAAAUCCACACCAAAAAAAAAUUCAAAAUUCAAAUCUACGAAAGUACACGUACACUAUCCGUAGAAAAUUGACUUUAGUUCAGGGAUGGGUAGUAAAUGCUUGGGAUUAAUAAUAACAUUUACUUGUGUUAUAAUGAAGGGGAUAUUAGUUUUUACAAAAAUUAUGAAAAGUAGGCUUUCUUUGCUAAUUACUUUCUCGAUUUAUUGCCAGGUAUAGGACCUUUCUGCCCCAGUGUGCGCCGUCCGAUUUUCAUCUAAUUGGUAUUUUCUAUAAUUGCAAAAGUUCAUAAAUGUUUUCCAUAGAAAUUUUUAAUUGUAAACGGUAUUUUUUGGUAUAAUUUCAUUAAUAUUCUCUUCAAUGUCAAUAUCGAAAUCGAAAUAAAUCAAUAUAUAUAUACAUGGCAAAGUGAUAAAGUGAAAACAGCCCAUGGGAUCUGUUUUCAGUAGUUCUACUAAUUUGUUGUCUUCUAUGGGAUGACUUCAAAUUAAUUGAUUAAAUUGGAUUACUACUGAAGCAAAAAAUUAUCUGUAGAAUCAUACGGAAAAUUUGUAAAAUAGGAAAUAGUAGUUUGUAAUUUAAAUUCUUCGUGAAAAACAUACUUAAAAUUAAAAAGUCGAUGUAUUGUUAACUUUGAGACGUAGAAUAUGUAUACAGUGAAACCUGGUUUAGUGGGACCUGGAUAAGUGAGAAACCUCUAUUAUUGAGAGUUGCAAUGAGGUCCCGGUUCUUUUUCAUUAAAUUACCUCUGUUAAUGGGACUUUUUGAACCUUGUUAAAUGAGAUCUGAAUUCUAAGACUGUUUUGAUGUUAAAAUCUAUAAUUAAGACUCUUUAGAUCAAUUACCUGUAUAAGUGAGACAAAUUAAUCAGGUUUUAACACAUUUUGAAAUGUUUGUUUACAUAUACAGGGUGCGGCAGCAUAACUUCCUUUUUUAAAAAGUUCGCCAUUUAGUCGGUAGAUGUCGUAACGGAGUGCUAGUGGUCUCGUUCGAGAGGGGGGACUAUAAAGUUUUGUCCCGGCACAGUUCAGUCGUAUACACCGUUUAUGUCAAUACUGACAUAACCCCCAUUCCAAGCCGCCUAAAUGACCUCCAAGCCCGAUAUGUGAUUCGAACCAUCGAAUCAGAUAAUUCCGCUGCCAAAGAGACCCUCCUCAUCCCCUGGACCAACAAUAUGCGGCCACUAGGCUCAAAACCCAAUAAAAAGCUCCCUUAUCCGCCUCUUCGACUGCUUGCAACAGCAUACGAGGAUCUCCCGGAAAUCUACCUUAAUUUCCUCGAUAGUUCCCCUAUAUCAGUGAGAUAAAUUCCGAACCCCAACACCCUUCCCACUGUCAUCGAUCGUCGGAGUUGCAGGUUUUCUGCGGUUUCCCUGCAACCUGGAGAACCGAUUCUCCAGACAAAUGUCCGACGAUAGGGAAUAAUACAGCCGCAGCUGUACCCGCCCACCCCCAAUUAGAUUAAGAAAAAACAAAAAAUAAACAAAAAAAAUAUAUAAAAAAAAAACCAAAAAAAAAUAUAUAAAAAGAAAAAAAAAAUCUUGAACUAAAAAAAUAUAACUGCACCGCUAGAAGCAGCCUGCAAACACUUCCCAACUAAAUAUCCCCACACCCAGCCCUGCAGAGGAAAAAAUUCCUAUAUCAGGGCCUAAGCAAAACAUAUCAAAUUUCCAAAAAAAAAAACCCUCCUUCCUAAAUUUUCACAACGAAUCUCUCUCUCUCUCUCUCAGUUCAGUCGCCAUCAUGCGUUGGAACAGUGAGGAGCGUGCGUUUGCCGUUGAGGUUUACUUUUCGAGCGGAUGUUCUGUGAUCGCAACCCAGCGCGCCUUUCGGAAUCGCUUUAAUUUAGCCCCCUUGGCCCCUGUCCCGGACCGGAAAUCAAUUGUUACGUGGGUCACUACGUUCAGACAAACUGCAAGUGUGACAAGACGAAGAACUGGAGUCCCUCGGCCCAUUAGAUCACCGGAGAACAUUGAGUUAGUUAGAACUUCAGUGUUGCGAUCACCACGGCGUUCUGCGCGCAAACAUGCGUCUGCCCUUGGACUUUCCGAUCGUUCUGUGAGGAGAAUACUUCAUGAUGAUCUUCAUUUUCAUCCAUACAAGAUGGCAAUUGUGCAGGAACUUUCUGAACGUGACUUCAAUUCUCGGAGGAACGCGUGUGAGGUUUUUCUGGAAGUCGUUCCUGAGGACGCUAUUGUUUUUUUUAGUGAUGAAGCCCAUUUUCAUUUGUGUGGAUCCGUAAACAAACAAAACAUGCGCUACUGGGCUGAUACCAAUCCUCGACAAUUGCAUCAACGGCCUUUGCAUUCACCUAAAGUCACAGUGUGGUGUGCAAUUUACUCACGUGGAAUUAUUGGUCCCUGGUUCUUUGAGGAAAAUGAAGUCACAGUGACAGUGAAUUCGCACCGGUAUGUAAACAUGUUACAGGAAUUUUUUUUCCCACGGCUAGAUGAGUUGGACUUAGGGGACACUUGGUUCCAACAAGACGGAGCAACGGCACACACUUCAAGAACAUCGAUGGCUGUUUUGAGGGAACACUUCCCAGAGCGCCUUAUCUCAAUUAGGGGCGAUUUGGAGUGGCCAGCCCGCUCUCCCGAUUUGACCCCUUGUGAUUAUUUCCUAUGGGGUUUUUUGAAAUCCCGUGUGUAUGUGAACCGUCCAAGGACCCUACAAGAUUUGAAGACGAACAUCCAGGAAGAAAUUGCCAACAUAACGCCUGCUAUGCUGGCAAGAGUCAUGACAAACGCCAGAAAUCGGUUUACUCAGUGUAUGGAGAAUGGGGGACGUCACCUAACUGAUUUGAUCUUCAAAACUCAGUAAAACAAAACUUUAUGUAUGUGCCUGUAUUAUAAAAAACGAAUAAAAAUUUUCUGAUUCAUACAAUAAGUUUUAUUAACUUUUGAAAAAAGGAAGUUAUGCUGCCGCACCCUGUACAUAUUUCGCGUCGUCUUUCGCGUAUGCUUUGUUUGUCAGUACUAUCUCAGGCUUUGACCUAAGAACAAGGAAAUAAAAGUCCAAAAUGUCCAAACGUAAAUAUAAAACUUUAUCAGUAUCUGAAAACUUAUAACUUUUAUCAGAUUAUGAUUGUGGAAAGUCGCGCGAUGAUGAUGACAUAGUUGCUAUGUAUUCUUCUUUAGACACAGAAAAAGUAGAAGACUGUGAAGAGACUCCAAUGAAAAUUUCAAAGUGUGAGGCUAUGUAAGCUUUAGAAACUUUACACAAGUAUUUCGAAAUAUUAAUAAUUCUAAUAUUUUUGAUCAAAUUUAUUCUAUCGAGAAACAGGUUUCAGCAACUAGCAAUCAAGUACAAACAAAUAUUUUUUUUUUUUUCGAAUUCAUAACACCAAAAAUUCGCAUUUUUAUCAACAUUUCUACCUUCAAAACGGCACAUUUCGACCUCUGUAAAUGAGACAACUAUAAUUUUAAACCAGCUUUUUUGAAAAACUGGAUUAUGGGAAACCCUCAAUAAUUGAUACAUAUGUCUUGGUCCCUUGAGAACCCAAUUAACCAGGUUUCACUGAAUAAUCAUAUUUAAACUAGGAUUAACCUAUUUCAAUUAACUCUCGUCAACUUUUCCGUACACGUCUGCUACUUAAAUAAAAAUGCUUAACGAUAUUAUUCUAGUAGCUAUUAUUUCCUAACUAUUAAUCUCAGAUUGAUGUUGCGAUUACGCAAUAUUCGUGAUGGUGUGUCGGGCAUUAUUUAUAUUUUAAUUCUAGUGCUGACAAUUUACAUUCUAUCACUUUUGUUCCAUAAUGGAAACUUUUAUUAAUCUUUUUGAUCUACAGAAAAGGACAUAUCGUAUUACUGGGUUGUGAAACCAAAUACAAUUAAGUCAUAGAGAUAUAAUAACGAAUAAUUACAAGGAGAAGUACUUGGCCCAACAAAGAAAACACAGAAAUUUUGGAAAAAAUAUAUUAAGUUUUCAAUAUAAUCUCGUUUUAGCUCCUUCUUCUUUUAGUGCCGUCUUCUACCGAACAUUUUUCGAAACUUACGACAUAACAUUCCCAAAUUCAAACGAAAUUGAUUUGAAAAGACUGAACGAUAGUAAUAGAGUUAUAAGAAACAUCAAACCAAUUAGAGAAUCUGAAGUUACGAAGACCAUAAUUGAUACACUUUUGGCAACAAUAAUUAUUAUCCCCUUUUUUACGUUAUUACUUUAUUAAUACGAAGUUAUAGAGAUAGAAAUUGUAUUAGAAGAAAAAAGUUCAGAACCCGAAAAUAAUUCCAUUAUUUUUCAUUUUUAAGAAGGGAGGAAAACGCAACGAUUUCAUGUGAUAAGAAUUAAAUUCACCAUUUAUUUCAUAAUACAUAUAUAUUGCUUGUUUCCACAUUAUUCUUCAGCUUCAUAAUUAGUAUUCCAUCUAAAUUUUUCGGUUCUGUAUUUUUGUGAAAAUAAAUUUGUGUUUAUGUUCUUAAAAACAGCUUUUAUCAUGAAAAAACCAUAAUUCGCUACAUCCAUACAACUGAUAUGUUUUCUACCCUCAAGAUUAAAGCAAUGACACGUUUCAACCUGUCAUCAAUCUGCUAUUGAGGCCACUUGAAUGAUAUCAUAUUUGUAAUGUAUGUCGUUAAACAUUAAGUUUCAAGUUUAAAAAAGUACCAAACACGCCCGUGUCAUAUCUUCGAAGAACAUUUACAUGUAGUAUGGGUUAUUGCGAAAGUAGAAAUGAGUCUUUAAGAACAAAAAUGUACAAAAAGUAGACAUGUUCGUUUAAAAAAGCGAUUUGUGUACUGAAACAUUUGUCAAAAGAUGUGUGAAAAGAACGACAUGAAAAAGACUUAUGACUAUAACACGCCCCGUCAUAAAUCGCUUUUCAUAUGCAAGAUAAAAUGCUGCCGAAAGGAAUAGUCCAUAAAUGCCAAUUAAUAUCUAUAGAUUUAUCACUAUUACCUUGUUAACGUUUUGCUUUUGUUUUCAUUAAAAUAAUUCACAGAAUUUUUUUAAAAACCUCUUAUAUCCUAUUAUUAUACUCCAUUAUUUGUUUUUUCUGUUAUCGGUAGCAGGAUUAAAAAAUCUGAUCAAUGUCCAAUUUCUGAUUGCGUCGAUGCAUAAACCAUUGCUAAUUCAUUAUUUAUACAUAUAUAAAGCAGUUCCUGUUAAUAUUUUCUUUACGCAACUUCCUUCCAUUUAUUAUCAAUUCAAAUAUAUCCUUUUUUUAAAAUAUAACAUAAAGCAGUUCAGAGACAAAUCGUGAAUUUGUGUAAUCCUCGACUCCUACUUUUUAGGAACUUUCUUAAAUACAAUUUUGUCACAAAACUAUUUUACUAAAUUUCAAUAUAUUUUUUAUAUAACUCGACAUUCAUAAAUUAUUGCUAAAUAAAGUGCCACGUAAGACAAGAUGAGGAAAUAAAUUGAACCUGGACUUUCGUCCUAACUUGAGAAUCUCAUUGAAAAAGUUAUAAUAUAUAUCAAGGUGUCAUGAUAGUUUGGGGCUCUAAAAUAAAUACUUCUGACAACACUAUAAUUCGCAAAGUUUCUUAAUUUUUCUCCUAAGAAACUGUUUCUGUGUCUAGAUAACAAUUUAGUUCUGCUCUUAAUAAACUCUCGUAAUAUGGAUUGAUAAUAAUUCUUCGAAGUUUCUCUUAGUGCAAGUUGUUGAGGAAAUAUUUUUUUGUAUUGGUGUUAGGUAUCGGGCCUUACAAUAUUCUAUUUAUAUACAACUUUGUAACAAAUACAGGUUAUGUAAUAAGUUCUUUAUUAACAUCUGUCAAAGAUAAAUCAUAAAUAAUUCAACAAAACCCAUGUAGGAGUCCCCUGACUUUAACGGCAAGGCUUAGCUUGGCCCGGCUAUGGCAAAUUAAUAAUGGCCUGGUUGAAGUCUGGGUAACUUAGCCACGGCCAUUUCAUAUUCAUCCAAGCCUGAUUGAACUCUGGGUAACGCGACCUCGGCCAUGCUAUAGUCUGCCGAGCUGGGCAGAACUCUCAAUAACUAUAUAAAAUUUUGUGCUAAUAUCUUAUCCAUAAUAGAUAUCUCAUCAUUGAAAGUAAUAAUUUUAUGAAUAAAAUUCUUUUAUGUAUAAAAUAUAAUUAAAAAUAGUAUCAUUUCUUUAUACCUAUGUGUAAUUAUUUAACUAAUAUUUUUAUGUACAUUAAUUAGUAAAGUGUAUUAAUAGAAAUUUGUCAUAUAUUAUUUUAUUAACAAUAUAUUAAAAAUCUAUUUUUACAAGCAACCAGCCUGGCCCAGAGUUGCAGAUCAAUCUUGGGCUUAUCUAGGCAACCAGGCCUGGUCUAGGCUUGCAAACCAAGCAACGGAUAUUGUUAUCAUCCCCGAGUCUCACCAAGUCUAGGCCAAUAAUGGCUUUCAAGCUAGAGCUUAUAGGGCUUAUACUGGGCCCAUAGUAAAAUCAUAUAUGGGAUAUAAACCGGGCUGUAAAAGACUAUAUUAUAACUACCUAUUAGGUUUUAAUAUCAAAGAACUUAAUUUCAUAAGCGAUAUAAUAUCAGAAGAAUAAUUUUAUACCAAAAGGAACUUGAAAUUAAUAAAAAUGUACUGUUAUAUAAAAAGGAUAUUUCUAAUAUCCAACAUGAUUCAUACAUUUUUUUUUUCUGAAAUUUACGCUUUUUGGUUCUGUCGUUUUUUCUUCUCCAUUUCGCUCUAUAUUAGAACAGUCUGAUUCUUGUACAUAUAUCAUCAUCCUCUGACGUUGGUUCAUGAAAACCAGAUUAUUGUCACUAACUCUCCGUUCCAAACGGUUUAUUUUUACUUCGAGCUCUUUGAUAACAGCACUUUGCGCGUUUCUAUGUCGGAUAUUAUUAUCACAUACCACACGAAAACAAAUAAAUCUAAUAUCUAGAGAUAAUAUAAAUAAAUAAGUUAUAUAAUAAUAAACUAAUAUACAUUGGGGUCUUACAAAUGCCAAAAACACUUUCUAUAUGAUAUUAAGAAGAAUCACCUAGAUUUACAUGACUUUGCCCCCAUGAAUCAGAAACAUUUGUAAAUUUGUAUUCUGUUACCCCAGUAUGUGUAGCGAAUUCGUUUUUAAUAGUUUUUUGUUUACAAUUACACACCAAAUGUACUGAUUUUCAAAUAGGUAAUAGUAAUAUUUUAAGGUUCAUAAGUUUAAGUGAAAUCAAUACUCUGUUUUCAAAACAAUCGAAAAAGUAAUUUCAUGUGCUCAUAGAAUUAUACUUUAAGAACAUGUCAAAAAUCUACAAAAAUCUUUUUGGGAAAAAAUAAAUUCAGAUAGACUACAAGGGCUUCACUUGAUACGGAUAUCUACAAACAGAUGUUACUGCCUUAUAAACUAGCAAUAGACCACAACUAACCCUUGACUCUGAGCGCUGUUAUGCUUCAGAAUCAAAUCGCCCCUCAUCUGAGUCAUUCGCUAUCUUUGAAUCCGCAGGCGGUUCACAAAUACAACACUAGCAGGGUCAUCACCAAACCAAACUGAAAUAUUGCUUGCCUCUUAUCAACACACGGAAAAAAUCCUAGAAUUUGACCAAUUGGAAGUGCUUUGUUUCAGAAGAGCCACCAUGGAUUUGGACCUGAUUCAAUAACAAAAAUUGCUUCCUAUUGCUGUACGGGUAGCAUCUAUGCAAUCGAGGGUAGCUACUAAAGUGAUUCAACGCACUGCACAAGUUUGAACUUGUUUCUGCUACAGGUAUUCCGUGCGUUGAGUAUGUGAUUAGAUUGUGGGACAGUAAAAUGAACGAAGAUUUUUGCUUAAAACCGUCAGUAAUUGUGGAAAAUUUAAAAGAAAUGUAUAGAGAGGAAUAUUUACCGACUCUUCGUGUGCAUAAAUGGACAACGCGGUUUAAAGAAGGUUGUAAGACGGAGGAAGAUGACGAGAGGCUUAGUAUAUCGAGCACAGUGCACAAAACUAAAAUAUUGAGCGUGUGUUGAGACUUCAUCAUUUUAAAUUAGUAGAGACACAUUAUAUUGCUCCCACGCCCUGCUUAGAGCCUAGAUUUGGCUUUGAAAGACCUGUGGCUAUUCCAUAAAAUGAAAGAGUCAGUUGAAGGGAAUCGGUUUAGUCCAUUCACCAGCAAGCAAUUUUAAUGACGUUAAGAGGAGCGGUGAAGCAGUGUAUGGUACUUCAGAUUGUUAAUGAUGGUGGGACGACUAUUUAAAAUGUACCACUUUCUGUAAAUACGUAGUUAAUAACCAAAUUAUCGUUAUUGCAUUGUCACGCCUCGUAUACCAUAGAUACAUGACAAAAUUUUCAUUCUAAUCCUUUUCAUUUUGAUAAGGCAAGUGUCGAAUUGCGAAUAUUUUCACUAAGAAUAUUACAAAUUGAAUUUUUUAUAUUAAUAUCCAAGUUAAAAUUGAUACUAUUGAAAGUCACGGUUAUCGAACAUGUAAAUAGACUUUUUAGUCGUUUUCUAGAUUUUUUCAAGCAUUUUCGCACUUAAAUGAUCCAAAAUUAUCAUUGAAAUGUUGAAAAUGUUACCUUUGAACAAAAGACGUUUAUCUUGACCGAGUUUUCCAUUAUGGCGUCACAAAAAAAAUAGCUUGGCACUACCGACUGCUACAUUCUGGCCUGUCCUGAAGGCCGCGUUGCACAUGCAGGCACAAAUUUCUCGCUUAACGUUCGUUCGUAUGGGAAGGUUAGCGUUUUAUUUCGGGAGUAGUCUCCUAGAUUUGCGGUGUACCCGCUAUAUGAGACUCAGCUGUUUCGACAUGUCGCAUAACCGCGAUAGCUGGCAUCCAGAUUUCUACUUGAGUGCGAUUUCUUCCUGGUGAUGCUACAAUAACAGCUUUUUUUGAUUUCUUUUUAAAUUUUUGCUUAGAGUGAUAAUUUUAAUAUAGUGUUGAAGUUUAACUAAAAAGUGUGCAAAAAGUGUUUUUUUUUUAAUUUGUUUUUCGUCUCUAGUGUGGUUGUGAGCUCUAUUGGAACAUGUUCAAUUUUUUGCCGGUCUUAAAUUUAGAAAUUCGAUGAUUUAACAGUAGUUACUGUUGGAAUGAUUUUGGUGUCGCAAAUUGGGUCAUUUUUUCCAUUUAAAAAUAGUUUGGGGGACAGAUAUUAGACAAACAUUGAGUAACUACAUUUCCAAAAAAAACGUAUAUGUAAGCACGUGUUAUAGCAAACAAAAUUAUUAUUUAAAAAUAUUCCAAUAUGUCAUUAGUUAUGUUAUUCUAAUCACGACUAUGCAUUACGUCAAUUUUUUACUAUUAAUUACAAUAAUAAUAGUGUUUUUUUGAUUCGUUUAAAUUUUUACUUUUUAUUAUUAUAGAUAUGAUCAGUAAAAGCAUUAUAAUCAUCUGUAAUUUGUGCCUUUUCUCCAAUUCCUUACUCUUUCCGUGUGAGACUACAGUUAUAGUGUGUGCGUGUUCUGACGCACUGUCGUUCAGAAGAACACGUUAAAAUUCGCUCGAAUAGAUAAAAAAAUACAAAACAAUUAUUCUAGUUAUACUACACGCGAUUCGUUCGUUAGAUUACACAUCACCUCAUCAUAACUAGUUGAAAAUUUGAACUGAUUACGCAAACUUUUUCAAAAUUCAUACAUAAACAAAAUAAUGCAACAGCUCAACAUAUUAUGAAGUAUGAACCUAGAGAACUAAAAAAAAUUACAUACAUUACAUACAUUCGCCAAAAUGUGAUUUUAUACAUCCUUUUAAUCAAUAAUUUAUGAUUAGGUUAGGUUAGGUUAGAUAAUAGUUCAUUUACGCGUUCAUUUUGUUUGUUAUAAGAAGAAAGUUUUCUAAAAAUGUAAUCAAUAUCUCUUACAACGCAGGUCAUCUCUCCAACAAUUUAGGUAGUCACAUUAGUUACAUCACGCCAACUUUCAAAUAAUUUUUUUAUUGCCAAAACUCUUAUUUGUUAAUAGAAAUAGAUAGCCAGUUUACGAAAUAAUAACUACGGAAUUUAUUUGUCAAGUUUGAAAUGGUGAAUAUUUUGCAUUGCAUGAAUUCGAACAGAUCUUCAUUAGCUAAAGUAAUCCUGGAUUUUGUUUAUGAAAUCCUUAGGACUAGACCCUUACCUGUAUUUAUCACCAUCGAUUUGCAUUACAAAGAAAUCGUUCUGGUCGCACAUUUAUACAGAAAUUCUUCGAUAUGUUUUAGCUUAAGUGGAUGUUACACAAAUUUUCCAGUGCGAUUGCCAAGCUUUCGAUAACCAUUGGUGUCAGUAGUUUCGCUUGCACAUGCCAACAUUGUAUCAUUUUCUGCAACUCGACCUUUCAGGUGCUUCGAUAUGUUACAUAACUAACAUGCCUGAACGUUUAUCUCUCUUUCGGUGCCAAACGGUCUUGACAUAUCGCUUUAUAUUUGGAUAACUGAAACUACUUUUAUCAAGGUUAAUCUUUGCACAAACUGUCUCACUCCUCUCAAAAAUCUUAAGAUAUUACUUGGUGUAUCAAAUAAAUUCAAUGACCAAUCAUUAAUAUCCUUAAAUGUUUGGUAGAUUCAAGGGAAGAAAAUGUAGCUACUGAUUAUAAGUUUUGUCGUUCUAUACAAAAAAACACAAUUAUAUGGUUUGAAACAAAUUUUGUUAUUCAGCUCUUGAACUUCCAACACUUAUUCGAGUGAUGUUCCAACCUGUGGAUUCUAUGACCUUACAAUCUGGUGCUCCUGCGUCCAAUUCUGCCGAAUAGGAUGUAUGUUGCAGCAGUUCGUAAUUCUACUCGUUCAUUUUGAUAAGAGUUUUUUGAGGUGUGUGGCAAACUAAAUUAUCUUUUCCGGAUUAUAACUCGCCUUAGUAUCACAGUAGUAACAAAACAACAUAAAAUAAAUGAAUGGCAAGAGACGGUACAUCAAGUGUGGAAAAUCAAAUGGAUAUGAAUUAUUUUGGUUACUGACACAUCAACCCAAGAAGUAGGGAAUUGUACUGCAUUCUCAAUUCAAAAAUGUUUCAAAAUUUCAACUUUAUAUUAAAAAAGAGAAUCAGGUUAUUGCUGAAAUUCUUACUGAUGUAAGAUCCCAUCCUAGAAACUUCAUCAGCCAGGUAUAAAGGCGACUAGAGGAUUCCAAGAAUAUGAUUUCAAAAUUGAGCAUAGACCUAGAAAAAUCAUAGUCAUGUUCAUUUCCUUUCUCGAAGGCCAUACCAACCAUUAUAACUGCCUAGAGCAGUUAUAGGGAUCCUGGCACAUAUCGAAGUUACCUCAAACAACUGGGCCUAGAAAUUGGAGAACCAAAGAUAAAAUGAGCCUGCCAUAAAAAAAAUAUAUGCUCAUGGAACUUAGUGGGCCCACGGGGCUCGAAGUGCCCACAUAUUCUCCUUGAAGAGGUAUUUAGCGAAUUAUUAAUCCUAGACAAAGGUUUCUCCAUGAAGAUGGUUGAAAUUACCGAGGAUACUGAAAUAAGUAAGCGGCCCAUAGUUCCAAGGAAGACAAUUUCAUGAUGGUUAUUCUAGAAGUAAUCAUUACAAAUGGGUGUAUUACAACAAAAGCAGAUUUGUUUGUUCGAACAAAUUGUUCGAAAUUUGUUGGGACUGUAAAUCUUUGUUGUGAAAUGAGUUGUGGCCUGUGUUGUUCCCAAUCGAGAAGGUGCUACUUCAGCCAAUGUUCUGGAGAAUGAAGAAAUACGCGUUUUGAUUAUCUUUUGAGAUAUAUUCGGAUGACGAGAGGAAUUUUGAAGGCAGCUUGUAAGAUCCGUAAGACAAGGCUUCAUGUCAAACAUCUGCAAUCUUCUGGUAAAGAUAUCAGACUGUCGUGUGAAUACAUGUUGGCAGUGAAGAUACGACAAGAGAAGAAUAGGUCGAAGAUAUCCAAAGGAUCAAUAUUACAACUGCGACCUAAAAGAGAGGAAGUUAAUGAGACCGACUAUCAAGAUGGAGACAAAAAAACUCCAUACAUUAUUGAAACAAAAAUGAACAAAGUCAAUUAUCGUAUUGUUAGAAUUCCAAGGGAAAAACCCAUCGUAACACAUCAUGAUUUUCUGUGAUCAUACUAGAAUCGACCGAGUACAAUGGAGUAGAUAUAAUGAUUCAAAUCAGUCAAUAAAAUCCAGUCAAUGAUGUUCCAGGAACAUGGAUUCAAAGGAGGAGAUAGUGUAAGGGAGUAAGAUAUAUUAACAAGGUGGUUAGAUUAUUCUUCUUUAACGGAUGUGAUAAAACAGAUAUCGAAGUUUAGAUAAAUUAUUCUUCCUUUUCCGUAACUUGUCUUUUACCUAUAUGACUAUGCAGCUGUCGAAUAUUUACGAAAAUAUUCUAGGUAAUGAAAUUAGCUAUAAAAACGGAUUGAAAAGCGGUUAGGGAAAGAAAAUCAGUAAUUUGUAAAACAUCAAUACCAAACAGGAUAAGUGAACAUUUUCAAUUUCUAUUUUUUCUUCUUUCUAAUUUUAACGAAUCGCUCUUCAACAUCCCAAAAAUAUUUCGUAUUCGCAUAUAUUUACCCAUUUCACUGUAAACAAUAUCGAUACUAGAACCAGUUUUUUUCAUGAUGGAAUCGUUAUCAUGCCACCAAUCAAUUUAAUUAUUUUACAGAACUCGAUAUUGCGUAAUAUAUUACCGGAAAAAGCUCGUCCACGAAAUUACCAUACAUUAAUAAGAUAAACCGGUCGAAUGCAAAUCAGUAUUAAAUAAUUGUAUAAAGUAUAAUUUGCUUAUAUUUUUGAUUUGGAAAUGUAUCUCAUUGUUUUCCUCAGAUCGGUUUUACUUUAGAGAUAUUUUCGCAACCACCGUCUAGGAGCAUUAACAAAAUUUUGCUUGUGCUAACCAACCGAAUAUUUGCAUUUAAUUUGCCGAUGUUUUAUGCCAAGAUCGCUAAUUUGGACAUUUGUCAUUUGUAGACAAAUAUUAACUGAAGGAAAUUGGAACAUAUGGAAAUCCAAUGAUCGAAUGCUGAAUAUACAUAUAAUAAAAAUUAUGGUAAUGAAAUUUUUCAACAAUUUACGCGAUUUCAAUUGAAGAAUGCCGAAUGUAUCGAGCUGGAAAUCGGAAAGAACUCGGAAGCGUAUAGGACAAUAGCAAAAUCGGACCGGAGUCGGAUCGGAGUGGUGUAUAACAAGUGUAUCCCGGCCUUAAUGGUGAAAUUAUAAUUUUGUAUCUGCUUACCGAUAAAGCUUUAACCAAUACUAGAGAAGCAAAUGUAUUUCGUGUAUCAACUCCGUUACCAAGUAGAAAAUUAAACAUUUUAAAAAUCCACACAGAUCGGUCGUUGAUGCUCCAGGUAAUUAAUUUUUUCUAAAACUAAUUCAAAAUUCGAAUAAUCCUUUUGAGUUUAGUGAAUGCGCAAUUGGAAUUAAUGUAGAUUUAUUUUAAUUGAACGGACAACUGGAAUUGGUGCCGAAAAAUCGUUUUCUUCAAUAUUGAGGCUAAGAGGUUUGCUCUUUGUUUUGAUAAGUUGAGAUUAUUGAGUUUAUGUUUAGAAAAUAACUCUGGACUAGAUGUAUCACCUUCAAAUUCAAUUUGACCUGUAGACUUUACCGAUCUCUGUUAUUUGGCAACAUUAUCCAUUACGAAAACGUUACAAACGUCAAAAUUCUUAAGUUCUUCCAGAUUACAGGAAUACCGAAAUCCAAUUCUUUUUUCCAAAACCGUAAGGACUUAACGCACAACUUAAGAACAUUAUGAAGAACCCAUGGUAAAUCUAGUUUUUCUGUUUUAAAAAUAUUCAGUUUCUUUCACAAAAUCUGUGAUAUUUCUAUUUUGUAAUAUAAAUACAAAUAUAUAACAUAAUAAAUUAUUACUAAAUUUACAUUUCUCCGCACCGAAAUCAUGCUUUAAAAGACAUAAAUAUAUUAAAAUGAACAUUCGGCGAAUGACAAAAGUAUUAAUACGUGGCAACCUAUCCAGAUUCACGUGUAAAUACUUUGUCAAAUAACUGAGCGGCUGAAAGUUAAGAACAUGUGCGAAAAAAAGUGUGCUGAAGCGUAAUAAUGAACGGAAAAAGAAAUUUUCUUACUAUUAGACCCAUAACUGUUCAAAAUAUAGGAUAUCAAUAUAAAAAUCAUAAAAAUAAGAACACGUUUUUUCUUUCGUUGAUAUAUAAGAGGCUACAACACUUUUUGUAGAGCUAUGUAAUAUUUUCCAUACUAUCGUACCUAGAGUAUAAUUUUAAAUUUCGAAUGCAAAAGCAGUAUGUUUGUUCUGCACUUUUGGCUUCUAAAGACACUUUAUAUUAUGGCAUGUUUUUUAUUGAUAAUCCGCCUUCAGGACCACUCAUUUUUGAUAUUUGUUGCUUUAAAUAGAAACAUGUAACAUAUAACAAUGUACUGAAAAAUUUUUUGUAAACUAUCGACAGAUCGACAUCGAAGAUGGAUUGAUGAAUUUUUUGUUAAUGAGUAUGCAUUGUGAUUAUUUUUAUCAUUUAUGACUGUAUUCAUUGUUUGCAUACAAAUACAUGGAUUUAAUUUGA